AUGAUGCUGAGUCCCGAUCAGACGGAUCCUGACCUCACCUGGGCACAGUCGGACUCAGAAUGUAUGAACGUCAUGAAGGUGGAAUGUGUGGCUCGCGGGCCCUUCGAGGCCGAUGAUGUGGAGACGCGCGCACUCGUGCCAGCCGCGCUCACAAGAGAGGAGAAGAGAAGAAGGCGGCGCGCGACUGCGAAAUACCGCUCUGCGCAUGCCACGCGCGAGCGCAUCCGCGUGGAAGCGUUCAACGUAGCGUUCGCUGAGCUUAGGAAGCUGCUACCGACACUCCCACCCGACAAGAAGCUCUCAAAGAUAGAAAUACUUCGCCUGGCUAUCUGUUACAUAUCUUACCUUAACCACGUUUUGGACGUUUAG